AUGGCAGAAGUCGCAGCAGGUGUGAUCGCAGCAGAGCAGGUCGUCUCGACAGGCCUCGAAGUCGGCGCAGCAGCUACGGUCGCGAAACCUACACAACCUCUCACAGCUGUCCUAAGCCAGAUUGCUUCAACUCCAGAGAAGGACAACUCGCUCUCCCUCGCACGCUCCCACCACACAGUCACCGUGAUCGACGGUAAGGCCUACAUCUUUGGCGGCAAGAAGGACGACGGCAAGCUCUGCAACAAUGACGUCCAUGGAAUCGCUAUUCUGGGCGAACAAAGAGUCGAGGGCGAUAGCGAGUACGCGUGCUACCCAGCCGUUGGCGACGAGGGACACAUCCCACCUCCACGAGUCAACCAUGCCGCAUGUGCUCGUCGCAACACUAUGAUUGUCUUUGGUGGACAGAAUGCAGAGGGUCAUGCAGCUGACGAUGAGUUUACACUCUGGGAAUGGGAGCCCACGGCUGCUCGAUGGGCGGCGAUAGAUGCAGCUGGAAAGGCACCUCAGUCUCGACACAGCCACCAGAUCUUCUACGAUGCGAAGAAGGAUAAUCUGAUUUUGCACGGUGGCUACGAGAACGAUCAGCCAUCCACAGGUACCUGGCUGUUUGACUUCACAACACGUUUGUGGCAUGUCCUACCAGAUGCCCCAGCUGCACCUCUGGCCUCGCAAUUUGUCGAAGGAACUCUGUACUCCAUCAGCGCCGAGUCCGAUAUCCAUGGCUCAGUCCACUACAUCAAGCCCGGUUCUAUCCAAGACGAAUCUGUCGACAAACUUCCCGAAUGGACAACCGUCGACUUCCCCUCCAAUCCUAUCGUUCCUGGCCCUAGACCCCGCGUAGGCAGCGCCUUGGUCCCCGUCACAACCGGCCUCGGACGUCGCUACCUUCUGUACCUCCUCGGCAGCCGCCAAGACGCCGAGAUCGCAUCCACAGACAAGACAUACACUGAAGACCACCCCUUCUACUCCGACAUGUGGACUCUGCAGCUACCCUCCGACGAAUACAGCGCUACGCGCGUGAAGGACGCCAUCCGUGGUGCUAUUCCUGGUGUCGAGUCUGGUGCGUUUAGCUGGCAUGAACUUGAGAUUGCUCCAGCGGAGAUGACGCAGGAGGCCGGAAAGGUUCAUCCUGGUCCGAGAGGGUACUUUGGCGCAGACACAUGCUUGAAUGGCAAGGGAAUUCUGAUGUGGGGUGGUGUCAAUGCGAAGGGUGAGACUGAGGCUGAUGGCUGGUUGUUGAAGGUUUCUUAG